GAUACAGAGCAGGUCCUGGUCGGUAGUCACUGCUGUGGUGUCUGGAGCCUCUUCUUCUCUCUGGUAUCAGCCAUUUCUCCAGAAUCCCCCUUUAUCCCCGGUGCUGGGGGCUCUGAGAAGCGGGGUCUCUCCAGGAGCAGUAAGUGCGGUUCUGGAUCUCACUAAUGCUCUUGUCCCUGGAGGAUUUCCAGCCUCUCCCUCCUCAUAAAGGGGCCUGCAGUACUAGAAGCCUCCAGCUCCUCCAGGUCUCUCCUCUUCUCCUGAAUGACCACCAAGGAUGGACAGGAAGGAGAUCAGCAGAAGACUAUUAGACCUCACCUUGGAGAUCAUCUCCCUGCUGAGCGGAGAGGAUUACACCAUAGUGAAGAAGACAUCGGGGGGGACUCCCAUCAUCCAUGAGUCAGGAGGUUGGAGCAGGACCCCCAUCACUGAGCCUUUCCCCCUGAUACAUGAGCAGAAGAUCCUAGAACUCACCCACAAGAUGAUGGAGCUGCUGACUGGAGAGGUUCCUGUAAGGUGUCAGGAUGUGGCGGUCUAUUUCUCCAUGGAGGAGUGGGAGUAUGUAGGAGGAUACAAGGAUCUGUACAAGGAGGCCAUGAUGGAGGCUCCCCGGCCUCUGACAUCACCAAGUAAGAAGAGACGAGAAAAUUCCAAUAAGGACUCUGAGAAAAACUUCAUGUUAUCAGUAGAUUAUAAAGUAGAAGAUGAAGAUAUCGGGCAGCGCUCUUCAGGAGAAAACCUCAUUGCCUAUAAUGUCCAUCCAGGACUUCACAGAACAGAUCUGUCAUAUGAUCUGCUCGAACACGAGGAACCUUCUGCUGACCAAUCACAGAUUGCAACCACAAGUACUGGCCAGAAAGAGGCUAAAAGAUAUCAGUGUGGGGAAUGUGGAAAACAGUUUACACAACGCUCAGGUCUUUACACCCACAGAAGGAUUCACACAGGAGAGAAGCCAUAUUCAUGUUCAAUAUGUGGAAAAUGUUUCGCAUAUAAAUCGCUAGUUGUGAAGCAUGAGAGAAUACACACAGGAGAGAAGCCCUAUUCAUGCCCGGAAUGUGGGAAAUGUUUUACGACUAAAUCAGAUCUCGUUAAACAUCAUAGGCGUCACACAGGAGAGAAGCCAUAUUCAUGCAGAGAGUGUGAUAAAUGUUUUAUUACUAAAGACAUCCUCAAGGUUCAUCAGAGAAGUCACACAGGAGAGAAACCAUUUAAAUGUUCACUAUGUGGGAAAUGUUUUGCAGAUAAAUCCGGUCUUUCCAAACAUCAGCUAUAUCACACAGGAGAGAAACCAUUUUCAUGUUCAGAAUGUGGGAAGGGUUUUACAAGUAAAUCAGAUCUUGUUAAACAUGAGAGAAUUCACACAGGAGUGAAGCCAUAUGUAUGUAUGGAAUGUGGUAAAGGUUUUACAUGUAAAUCAGAUCUUAUUAAACAUGAGAGAACUCACACAGGAGAGAAGCCGUAUUCAUGUUUUAAGUGCGGGAAAAGUUUCAAAACUAUAUCAGAUCUUGGUAAACAUGAGAGGACUCACAAACCAUAGCCGUAUUCAUCUUCAGAAUGUGGAAAAUGGUUUAUUACUAAAGACAAACUCAAACAACAUUCACACAGGAGAAAAAGUUACAUGUACAGUGUAAAAUGUUUACCUUCUAAAGCCACCCUCAAGGUUCACUAGGGAAGUCACACAGGAGAGAAGCCGUAUUUAUGUUCAGAAUGUGAGAAAUGUUUUAUUUAUAAAGACAACCUGAAGGUUUAUCAAAGAAGUCACACAGGAGAGAACCCAUAGUCAUGUUCACUGUUGAUAUAUUACUUCUAUUUAUAUAUUUAUCUGUAGAACAUUUUCUUGUUACACAUUAGUGAAUUCACCCUGGGGCAAAACAAUUUGAGAUUUUUUUUAUGUGGAAAAUGCUUUAUAAGAAAGUCAAAUUUUGAAACUACUCAGAGAGUUCACAAAAAAGAAACCAUACUCUUGUUUGGAAGA